AUGGUCUGGUUACCCUGGAGCUCGGGCGCGACCGAUGAGGGCGGCGUGAAGAAGACUUCCGGCGGCGCCUUCGAAUCGCCCUCGCGCACGAACCGCAAGAAGUGCUACGAAGCGCGCGACACCUUCUUCGAGUGCCUGGACAAGAACAACAUCCUCGACAGCAUAAACACAAGAUCCGGGCGCGAGAAGGCCGAGACCUUCUGCUCGCAGUUCGACAAGGAGUUUGAGAAGAACUGUGCACACAGCUGGGUCGAGUACUUCAAGAAGCAACGAGUUGUCAAUUACCAGAAGGAACAGACUAUCAAGAGACUGGAGUCGCAGGGCGGAGAGAUCACUGCGCCGCAGCUGCCACUGCCGGGCCAGAAGUAG